AUGGAUGGCCGUAAGAUCCGCGGAUCAACAGAACUAGAACAAUCACAAGAGAGGUUGAUCACUACAUCUGGAGACAGAAGUCUUGAUGUUGAAGGUUCGCCGGAUAUUUGCCGGAGUUGGGAUGCGGGGAGUUCCGUGAACCGUGGCCCGUCGAUCAGUUUUCCCGAGGUCAGGAUGACAGAUGGCAGCAUUGGUAGAGAAUAUAUGGAAUGUUUGACGGGUGUGCCAUGUGGUAAUUACAUCAACGUCCACUAG